AUUUCUCCCCCUACCCCAAUUCCCAACAAGUCCCUGUCAGGAGGAGCGGGUGCAAAUCCUGACCAGGGCAAAAGAAAACGGAUGAGACAAGACGACAAUGUCAGUAUCUGGGACCUGCCCAGACAAACAUCGCUAGGAUGGUCACCUUAUUUGGUGAUCUCCUCAGCAGAUGAAUCUCAAAAGAAAAUUACAUCCCUAAGCGUCUUUGCCAUUGGCAAAGCUUUUAGAGCCUGUGGCAUCCCCAAACCCAAGAAAGUCUCCCCCCAGGGGUCUGGCGACCUCUUGGUGGAGGUUGCCAAUGUGGCCGAUUCCGUACAAUUACGGAAAUGUACGUCGUUUGGUGGCAUCCCUGUAAGUGUUGAGCCUCACAGGAGUCUCAAUACUUCCAGGGGUGUUGUAAAGAGCCGUGACCUAGACGGCUGUACGGAGGAAGAAAUGGUACAAGAAAUAGAAGGUGUCACCCACGCUCGUCGUGUCAUAGUGCGACGAGAUGGGAAAGAGAUCCGCACCAACACAUGGAUACUGUCUUUCGACUGUCCAAGACCUCCAACCAAACUGACGAUAGAGUACUUGGAACUAGAGGUAAAACCCUACAUUCCUAACCCGAUGCGCUGUUUUAAUUGCCAGCGCUUCGGGCAUACAAAAUUAAGAUGCCGGCGAAAUGCUGUUUGCCCUCGCUGUGGCAAGGAGGGUCACACAGAGGAAUCCUGCACGUCAGUUCCUCGGUGCCCAAAUUGCCAGCAGGGAGGACAUCCAGCAUAUUCGAGGGAAUGUCCCAAGUACUCUCAAGAAAAGGCCAUCCUAACCCACCGAGCGAAGUUCGGAGGCACCUCUGCCCAGGCUAAGGCAGCCGUCUUCCCGAUGGGAUUGGAAUCAACACAGAAAACAACUUACGCAGACGCUGCCAAGGCAGGCCCCAGAAAUGCUGACAACGAAAAAGUAAAAUACCAAACCGUGAAGGCGCCACGUACGUCAAAUAAAAAUAAAAAACCCCAAAAGCGCCACGAUAGCCAGGAGGAGGACAUGGAGCUCUCCCUCCACACAUCCCCUCCAAAACCUCUCUCGACAUCUGCACCCCCAGGACCCUCACCAUCUCCACCUUCAUCAUCACAACCAUCCUCAUCCUCACCACCAUCUUCAUCCUCACAUACAUCAUCCUCAUCCACAUCCUCAUCCUCACCACGCUCAUCUUCAUCCCCACCGCCAACUACAUUUUCAUCUUCACCACCAUCAUCACCUCCAUCCCAUCAUCCUUCAUCCAAUAAAGCCCCUCCACCCACUCCCCGCACCCGCUCCCCCUCCUCUACCCGCAUCCAGGACUCCGGUCCUCCUCCCCCUCCACACUCUCCCUCAAAAAAAGGCUGCGGUCCACCGUGACCGCAGCAAAACAAAACAAAGACAAAGGUCACCAACGACCAAAAAAAAAAGUAUCGAACCCGUGCCUUCAAAAUAAAUUAAAAUGGCAGUUCUUCAGUGGAACAUUCGUGGUUUGCGUGCAAACCAGGCAGAACUCUCUUAUCUUUUGACUUCACACACCCCAAAUGUAAUCUGUCUACAAGAAACUAAAUUGCCAACACCCACAUUCACAUUAAAAAACUAUCAAACUUACAACCAAAUAUACACCGACAACCAAAAGGCCUCUGGGGGCAACUCCAUUUUAAUAAAUAACCAAACUCUACACAGACAAAUACAACUAAACACAACACUUCAAGCAGUUGCGGUCAGGGUCACCCUACACCGUCCUAUAACUAUCUGUUCAAUAUACAUCCCCCCAAAUUAUCCUCUAUCUUUAAGAGAACUAAUAAACCUCAGAGACCAGCUCCCACAACCCUUCAUCAUGUUGGGAGAUUUUAAUGCCCAUAGCCCUCUUUGGGGAAAUGAACCAACUGAUACUAAAGGUAAAAUCAUAGAAGAUUUCUUAAUAAAAACCAGUACUAGUAUUUUUAACGACAAUUCCCCAACAUUUCAAAAUUCAAAUAACCUAAACGUUUCAUCCAUAGAUUUAACCCUUUGUGAUCCUGACCUAAUUCCAGACUUUCAGUGGUCGGUCCUGGACGACCCACACGGAUCGGACCACUUCCCCAUCACCCUAAUUCCAGACAUUCCACACCGAACUCCUAUCCCAGACCGUUUCAAUCUUAAAAGAGCGGACUGGGAUGGGUUUCACGUGGAAUGUCUGGAGAAACGCAAUCCAUCUCAAACACAAACACAAACUUUUGAACGAUUUCAUGAAACCCUUCUCGAGAUCGUUCAAAAACACAUACCAAAAUUAUCCACCAAAACCCGAAGAAAUAAAUGUUGGUUCACUGAAGACUGCCAAAAAGCUGUUGCGGCCAAAAAAUCAGCUCUCAGGAAGUUCGUCAACUCUAAAACUAACGAAGACCUCAUUAAUUUCAAAAUUGCGCGAGCCCAAGCACGCAGAAAAAUCAGAACAGCCAAGAAAACAUCUUUUCGAGAUUAUGUCUCAAAAAUCAACAACAACACACCAAUGCACAAAGUCUGGAAGAUGAUAAAGAAAUUAAAAGGUACUAAAAAAGACACAAUUAAACACAUCCUUAAACCGAAUAACUCCUACGUAGAAACCGAAAAAACAGUUGCUGACUGUAUAGCAUCAACUCUCUCCGGAAAUUCCUCUACCCACAAUUACAACCCUGAAUUAAAAAAAGUAAAAAUGUCUUCUGAAAAGACAACUGUUGAUUUUACCUCUUCAAAUGAAGAACACUAUAAUUGCAGCUUUUCUCUUAACGAAUUAAAAUGUAAUAUUGCAGAACUAUCAAACACAGCUCCAGGCCCUGAUCAAAUACACAACGAAAUCAUCAAACGUCUUCCAGACGAAACACUCCUAUUACUCCUUGAUAUUUACAAUGAACUCUGGCAUUCUCAACAAUUUCCGAACAGUUGGCGUCUUGCCACUGUUAUACCAAUCCCAAAACCAGGAAAAGAUCACUCUAACCCUUCAAACUACCGUCCCAUAGCCCUUACAAACUGUUUCUGUAAACUUA